AUGGCAGCCCAACCGCAGCAGCCGCAAUAUAUGCUCCCUGUGCGAGUUCCGCCGCGCACCGGUCGCUUCAUUGGCUCUGUAUCGGGGCGCUUUUCAGACCAGAAAUCUGCGGACGUACAUUUAGACGACUGGCCGCGGACUCCAGGCAAUCGCCGGCGCAUCAACAUGACUUGCGUUGCCUGGGGUCUUACAUUCGCAUACGUAGAGAGGCAGAACGCGCUACCAGGCGUGGGUCACAACGGCAACGCAUGGGUAUACGAAGCGCUGGGGCACAAUCGCAUCAAUGUCCAGCUCGUUGAUGGCGCACGGGAAACAGGAUCGGCUGUACUCGAUACUCUGGUACCAGCACCGGGCGUUCCAUUCCUUGUCAAUGGGCAGCAGGGAUACGUGGGCCACCGCAUGCCGUGGAAUUGGCGUGCUAGUAUUGCCAACAACAUGAACCCAAAGCUUUAUUACUUCAAAACACGACUGCGCCGCGAUCACGGUCCCACCACCCCCAGCGAGAUUAUUCCACUUCCCCAUCCCAAAGCCAAGACUGUCGAAGCCGACAGGCUGUAUUUUGGGGCGCAAAUCAACCAAUACCGCAUAAUGCGUGCUCUUUAA